GCUCUGAACUCUCAGCUCCACAUAAGAGGAGCUAUGCAAGGCUAUGUUAUGUAAUUACAGCUGCAGUUAUCUAGGUUUCUUAAAAUUGAUUUUUUUUUUUUAAACAUAGUUUCUACUAAAACUAUAGUACUUAAUUUUUAGACAGCUGGGUAGGCUGGCUUCUAUAAACCACUGUGACUUUUUUUCAUUUCCGAUAUGAAGGAUGGGUGAGAGUUCACCUGCUCCAGAAAGCACUGCCUUUCUCCUUAAUAACUUAAUAACAGACGUGCUGCCAGACGUCUGUGGUGCAGCGCUGCCUGGAGUGCAGGCCGAGCCGAGGAACAGCGCAAACACCCUCAUCUCCAUUCUCCAGGCGUCGGAGGACAUGCUAAAGCACCUGCGCGCCGACUUGCUUCGGCGAACGCACCAGCCGCGCACCAGCAGGGCGGGAUGAUGCAGAAGACGACCUCACUCGUGGAGCGCAGAGCAGCAGUUUCACAACCGCAGGCUGUACACAGCCAACUGGAGAAGCCAUCAAGUACUGCAAUUCUCUGCAAUACCUGUGGAAAACCAUGCAAAGGAGAAGUUUUGAGAGUUCAGAACAAAUAUUUCCAUAUUAAGUGCUUUGUUUGCAAAGCUUGUGGAUGUGAUCUGGCUCAAGGAGGAUUUUUUGUGAGACAGGGAGACUACAUCUGUACUUUGGACUACCAGAGACUCUAUGGCACACGGUGCUUCAGUUGUGAUGAAUUCAUUGAGGGAGAAGUGGUCUCAGCACUGGGCAAAACCUAUCACCCAGACUGUUUUGUGUGUGCUGUUUGCAGGCUGCCUUUCCCUGCAGGUGACCGGGUAACUUUUAAUGGCAAAGAGUGCAUCUGCCAGAAAUGUUCCCUGCCCCCUUCCAGCAGCACUGGCUCUUUCCCUGUACAGAACUUGCGAAAUUGUGGAGGCUGUGGUUCAGAAAUAAAAAAUGGGCAGUCAUUGGUUGCCUUGGACAAACACUGGCAUUUGGGCUGUUUUAAGUGCAAUACAUGUGGCAAGCUACUGAACGCAGAGUACAUCAGCAAGGAUGGCAUUCCAUAUUGCGAAACGGACUAUCAUGCAAAGUUUGGUAUCAGAUGUGACAAUUGUGAAAAAUAUAUUACGGGAAGAGUGCUUGAGGCAGGAGAAAAACAUUAUCAUCCUACUUGUGCACGAUGUGUCAGGUGCAGUCAGAUGUUUGCAGAAGGAGAAGAAAUGUAUCUUCAAGGUACAUCCAUCUGGCAUCCAGCUUGUAGACAGGCUGCCAAGACUGAAGAAAAAAACAAGGAAACAAGGACUUCCUCUGAGAGUAUAAUUUCUGUACCUGCUUCAAGUACAUCGGGUUCCCCAAGCCGUGUGAUCUAUGCAAAGCUUGGAGAUGAAAUUCUUGACUACAGGGAUUUGGCUGCUCUUCCUAAAAAUAAAGCCAUCUAUAACAUUGACCGCCCAGAUAUGAUCUCCUAUUCUCCAUAUAUCAGUUACUCUUCAGAUGACAGGCAUAGUUACGGGGAGGGUGACCAAGAUGACAGAUCCUUCAAACAGUACAGGACAUCAAGCCCUAGCUCUGCUGGCUCGCUGGGUUAUGGUCGCUACACUCCAACAUCCCAUUCUCCUCAGCAUUAUAGUAGGCCAGCUGGUACUCAGAGUCUUGGUACCAGUAGCUGCAUCUCCCUGCCCCAACACCCAAGCCCUACAUCUACAUUCAGACAUCAUUACAUCCCUUUCUUCAAAGGCAGUGAAAGUGGUCGGAGCACUCCAAGCUUAUCCAUGUACUCAGACAGCAAAUCUUCACCUUCUGUCUAUCAGCAGGCUCCUAGGCAUUUCCAUAUUCCAGCACUAAGAAGAUCAGAAGGGGAGGAUGGAAGUUUGGAUCAGGACAACAAGAAGCUGAAGACCAGUUGGCUUAUUCUGAAAGGGGAUAUGGACACCAGAACUAAUUCCCCAGAUUCAGAUACCCGAUCCCUGUCUCUUACUCCUGGAACUGACAGAGAAAACUUCCAGAGAGCACAGGAAGGCACCACCACCAUGUACUCCCGGUUUCCAUAUUCUAAAUCUACUUCUCUACCUGGCUAUGGAAGGAAUGGCUUGCAUCAGCCUGAACAUAUGGGCCAAUAUGAAACAGACCAGGAGGCGAGCUGGGGGAUGAAAGAAUACAAGGUAAGAAGGGCUUUUCCAACACUGGAAGAACAAUCAGAUUCAGCACUUCCUAGCAAGAUUUAUCCUUAUGAGACACUUAUUGUAACAAAUCGUGUUCGUGUGAAAUUGCCCAAGGAUGUGGACAGGACCAGACUGGAGAGACAUUUGUCCCCUGAGGAGUUCCAGGAAGUCUUCAAAAUGAGCAUUGAGGAGUUUGAUCGCCUGGCACUUUGGAAGCGGAAUGACCUGAAGAAGAAGGCCCUGCUUUUCUAGUCCUUCAUGGAUAAAAUAUGUGCUUAUUCAAAACAGAAAUAGUCUUGCCAGAACUAUCACAUGCACUUGCUGUUGAACCAUUGUCCAGCUUCAUUGUGUUAGUAUGUGUCGGAGGAAACAGGACAGAUUAGAUGGCAACAUGUUGGAAUACAAAGAAUUUGCUAAUCUUGCAUUACCAGCUGGUUCAGUCAGUAACUCUGGUCCUACCCAGUUUACAACAUGCAAAAAUCUAGCUUUAAAUUUAUUGUUGCUUGCAGUUAUUGCUUGAUGCAAAUGGAAAUUCUGAAAAGAAGAGAAAAAGUGUAGCUGUGACAAAGGAAAUCUGACGUUUUGUUUCAUUAAGUUUUAAAAUAAAUUUUUACAAAAUCAAGUAAUGAAUAUAAAAUUAUGUAAUGGAGGAUCACAUGCGAUUAAAAAUGUGGUAAAAGCCAAAGAAAAGCAUGUCCACAAGCAAUGAUUGCAGCUCUUUAUGUGUGGUACUUUUUAAGAAUGAAAGGAAAAAUACAGAAGCACCUUAAUUCUUCUUAUACUUUAGACACAGCCUAUUCUCUAAAAGGUCAUUUUUGCCUAAACAGUAACUAGCUAUCUUUAAUUACAGCACAAGAGUUUUUAUUUUAUUAAGAAUAUAUUGUGACAGAAAGCACUUAUUAUGACUAAAAUGUAUACAGAGACCUUCUUAAAAAUUUACUCCCAUUCAUCAGGAAAACAGAAGCCUUAUACAGAACUGGUGUAAGAGUGUAUUGUGACAGUUAAUAGUGUUUUCCUACUAUCUUGGGGUGUUUGGGGAACUUUUUUUUUUUUUUACAUUUCAUGCUGAUAUAAAUGCCAUAUGAUCUUAAUUAUAUGUAGAUAGAUAUGUCUAUCUAUAAGGAUUUUUUUUCAUUUAUGUGUUUUCAGUAAAGACAUUUACACGUUCUCCACUUUCUGGCUUUAUAUCACAAGCCAUGAGAAUGGUAAUGGCAAUUGGUAGGUGUGGAAAUUGAACAGUUCAGCAUAAAAUGUAACAAAAAAAAGCUUGGUGUGCUCUAUCAAUAGUAUAUCAAAUUAUAAUCAAAUAUAUGGAACCCUCAUGCAUUACUAUUUGCAUGUUUCUAUACAAAUCAAUUAAAAAAAAAUCCCUAUAUGAUACUGGUGCAAUACCUUGGAACUAUCUUAAAUAACAAGCAAAGCUAACAAAAUCUGAGCAUUUGAUACGAGCUCUUAAUAUCUCUUCCAACUGGAAGACUGUAUUAAAUUUAAUAAUUUCAUAUGGUCAGAAGUAUGGUUGCUGACAAAGAAUGAUUAAAAGUGAGUUGCUAGUUUUGUGUGAAACUAAAAGAGCAUUAUAAAAAAGUACAUUUUUCAGCCACGUGUCAGUAUUCUGCAUUUUUACUGCCUUGAAUGUUUGUAUUCACUUCCUACUUCACUAUGUCUUUUUGCAUAAGUAACUGGUUAAUAUAUGCACUACAACACACUGUUUCAACUGCCCCAGCAUUGGAAAAAUCAUAGCAUUGAACAUGCCUUCUUCCAACUAAUUUUCAAAAUCCAUAUUGUUGGAAAUAUUUUCUCAUGACCUAAAUGUUUUGUCUGAUGAUACAAAUGUUUAAAAGAAUCAUUAAAACAAAGACAUAACUGAAUAACUGUGCUAAUUGUGUAUAAUU